AACUAGAGGCGGGGAGCUGCCGGGGUUGGGGGUGGUGGCUGAUGCAGGGGCACGGGGAAGGAAUCAGGAUCAGUGACCAGUGGGGUCUGGUUUCCUGGAGGUGAUGAGAGGACCCGAGUAUGACAACUGGUGGAACCGGGAAGUGGCCAUUGACUGCUUCUAUGCCUGCGCUUUUCUUAUAAUCUCGCGACGUCACCUAGAGGGUCAGAGGUCACAAUUCUGUGUCUGCAGCAUGGGCCCUCUCAGCCACGAGCAUCCCGAGCCAGAUGUUCCGAGCCAAAGACCUUACUUAGGUCUUUGAUAGAUGGGAGCUUUGGGAUCAAAGUGUCAUCUGGAUUUAGAGUUGGAAGCAGAGGAAACUGGGACUCAGAGAGGUUCAGUGCUUUAGGUCACUAGCAGUAAGUGGCGGAUCUGGAAUUUGAAUGAACUCCGUCCUCAGCCUACAAAUCCAGCCUUCUUUCUAUAGCACCAUGCAGUGUUACAGUUUGCUUGUCUCAAGACACACUGGGUAGGGUGGCUGUGAUGACGGAUUUUGUGGAGAUCACUCAAAUACUUGGGAUUUCUGAACACAUAUCAUUAUAGAAUAAUUAAAUCAAAUUCACAGAUUCCUUUCACUUGGAUAUCACUGGCACCAAGUCUUCAUAAAACACUGGCUUUUUAUUUGAAUGGUCAAAGAAACAGAUUCUCUACAAUGCCAGAAAUAGACAAGAAUGAAAUUGACCCUGAAUUUUAUUCCCCACCUUCUCAAGUUCGCGGAAUGACAAAACUUGAUAGAACUGCAUUCAAAAAAAUAGUUAUUAUUCCAGUACUUAAAGUGAGGCAAGAAAUGGUAAAUAAAUUAGUGAAAUCACUUAAAAAGGUACUGCUACAACGUCCAGGCAUAAAACGUGUGAUUGAUGAUCCGAAGGAUGAAGGAAAUAAACUUGUUAUGCUGGAUCCUUAUAAGAUAGUUUCUGAUGAUUCCUUUGAAGAAUCUGAACGUCUUCUUUUAAAAGAGCUUAAUGUUAACCCCCAGAUCUCUUCAUUUAGUUUGGAGCUAACUUAUGAAAACUUUAAGACAGAAGAAAUCUUGAGAGCUGUGCUUCCUGAAGGUCAAGAUGUAACUUCAGGGUUUAGCCGAAUUGGACAUAUAGCCCAUCUGAACCUCCGAGAUCAUCAACUACCGUUCAAACAGUUAAUUGGCCAAGUUAUAAUUGAUAAAAACCAAGGCAUCACUUCAGUAGUAAAUAAGAUCAAUACUAUUGACAAUAUUUAUAGAAAUUUUCAAAUGGAAGUGCUAUCUGGAGAGGAGAACAUGAUAACCAAGGUUCGAGAAAACAACUAUACAUAUGAAUUUGAUUUUUCAAAAGUCUAUUGGAAUCCUCGUCUCAGCACAGAACAUAACCGUAUUACAGAACUUCUCAAAUCUGGAGAUGUUUUAUUUGAUGUUUUUGCUGGAGUUGGGCCUUUUGCCAUCCCAGUAGCAAAGAAAGACUGCACUGUAUUUGCCAAUGAUCUCAAUCCUGAAUCCCAUAAAUGGCUGUUGCACAACUGUAAACUAAACAAAGUGGACCAAAAAGUAAAAAUCUUUAACCUGGAUGGUAAAGAAUUCCUUCAAGGACCAGUAAGAGAAGAGCUAAUGAAGCUGGUGGAACAACCAUCAAAGGAGAGACAACCAUCUGUGCACAUAGUUAUGAAUUUACCAGCGAUGGCUAUCGAGUUCCUCAGUAUUUUUCGUUGUCUUUUAGAUGGACAAUCCAAAAGCAGGAAGCUUCUUCCCACAGUGCACUGUUACAGUUUUUCCAAAGCUGAUGAUCCUGCCAAAGAUGUUCAACAACGAGCUGAAGCUUUGUUAGGUGCUUCUUUAAAAGGAUGCAGUUCAGUUCACCUUGUAAGAAAUGUGGCUCCUAAUAAGGAAAUGAUAUGCAUCACUUUCCAGGUCCCAGCUUCUGUGCUCUAUGAGAACCAGCAGAUGAACCAAGAGGAACAAUUUCCGAAAGCUGAAAAUCUAGAGGAACCUCCUUUUAAACGCCAAAGAACAAGUAAAGCAUCAUUGGAAGAACAAUCACAAAAUGGUUCAGCAACAUGAUCAGAAAUAUUUUCUACUUCCCCAUCUAUCUUUUGUGUCACUAAAAGCAAUUUGUAAUUCCCUAAAUAAAGCUCAUAUAUCACUGUAGUAUUGGGACUAGUUUUCCCCUGCCUUUUACAGCAGUUUUGAAGAUUAUCAGAAUGACAUCUUAGUUGCUAAAUUAUAAAGGUGAUUAAAUCUGCUUUCACAAGUUGUUGAAGAAAAGUUUACUUUUUCUUUUAGG